AUGGAGGCCAACAAGAAGUUGCGGGUGAAACACAUCACCGACCUAAUAGGGGAAUGGGGUAAAUGGCAGUUCCUCUUAAGCGCUUAUGUGUUUCUAAUGUCAGCGGCCGCCGCCUUCAUCAAUAUGGGCUAUAGUUUUCACGCAAAAGGUGUCGACUACUGGUGCUCUGAUGUUCCUCAUAAUCAAUCUUUUGAUUUGGUGUGCGAGCGGACAAACUAUGCAUCUCUGACCCAAUCCGUCUUUAUGUUGGGUUAUGUGGCGUCGGGUUUCGUAAUCUCCUAUUAUUCAGACAAAUAUGGCAGAAGACCGAUGAUAUACCUGUCCUAUAGUAUCGAAGUGUUGGCAAUCAUUUCGUGUGCCUUUUCUUACAAUAUUUAUCAGUAUAUAAUCUCUCGCUUUUUGGUUGGUUUUGGUCACUCGGGAGGCGUGCUUGAGUGUUGUGGUCCUAAACAUCGGGCAGAUAUAGUGAUAUUGACGGGAGUGGGAUGGGUGUUGGGUUAUGUCCUAUUGCCAGGGUUUGCCUAUUGGUUGCAAGACUUUCGAUACAUGCAAUUUAUGUCAGCUAUUCCCAUGAUUAUCAUGUUAAUUUGGUUUUACUAUUUAUACGAAUCCCCGCGAUGGCAGUUGGCUAAUGGACGGGUAGAUGAGGCAGAGAUUACUAUUAGAAAAGCUUUACAAAUGAAUGGGAAAUCAACGGACAACUUAACUGAAAAAAUAACACAAUUGGCAAAAAAUAUUCAAGGAGCCCCUGAUAUAAUCAAAAGUGGCAAAACAUAUAAUAUGUUUGAUUUGUUAAAAACACCAAAUUUACGAAAAUAUUCACUAAUUCUGUGGUAUUCAUGGAUUAUAAACGCAUUGAUUUACUACGGAAUCAGUUUUAAUAUGUCCGACUUUGGCGGUAAUUUCUACAUAACCUUCCUGUUGGCAGGCCUCAUGGAACUGCCCUCUCAACUGUUCACUCCAUUAUAUAUAACCAAGAUCAAUGACUACUGUAGUUUGAUUUGGUGUGCGAGCGGACAAACUAUGCAUCUAUUGAUUUACUACGGAAUCAGUUUUAAUAUGUCCGACUUUGGCGGUAAUUUCUACAUAACCUUCCUGUUGGCAGGCCUCAUGGAACUGCCCUCUCAACUGUUCACUCCAUUGUUUCUCAAAUUUAUUGGUCGACGUAAACUGUACGCCAUAUUCAUGGCAAUAGUAGCCCUGUCCAGUGUGGCAGUCAUCCCUUCCCGAAAACCAUGGCUCCGAGUAUUAUUUGCAUUGAUUGGCAAAUAUGGUAUCUGUAGCUCUUGGAAUGUACUCGUAAUAUAUGGGUCCGAGAUAUACCCCACAGUUAUUAGAAAUAUAGGAAUGGGAACCUCGUCAGUAGUGGGAAGGAUUGGCUCUGUGAGCGCACCUUUCAUGGGAAAUUUGACAAUACAUACAAGUCUCACAUUUGUGAUGAUAUUCUAUGGCAUCGUAACAGCUGUCGGCGCUAUACUCGGCCUCUAUUUGCCUGAAACUAAAGAUAAGGAAAUUCCCGAUACUUUAGAAGAGGCAGAAAACUUAGGGAAAAAUGAUGUCAUUUCUACAAUUUAA